AUGUCGCGCUUAGUGCACGUCAACUUGAGCGGAAACGCGUUCACAGGAGAGCUUCCGCCCUCGUUAGCGGCGCCGAAGUUUAUGCGAAAACUCGAAGUUCAGGACAAUGGGUUUUGUGGCGAGAUCCCAGAAUGGCUUAUACGUCGCGAUCACCUCGAACUCUUGGAUUUUACCAGAAAUUCUUUCACGGGCGUGCUUCCGAGCGCGUUUUACAGCGCGUCGACAAAGUCCAUUCCGACGCUGCCUGGUUAUGGAAAUCGUCCUGCGGGGUGCCACAGAGGUUUAAAUUCGGACGGAAUCCGUUCUUUUGUCCGCUUCCGAAUUGGGCGCGAGUCCUAA